AGAACGGAGCACCCAAAGAGGAUAACAUAACACCCAAACUAACUUUUCUGGGCUACAAAGUCAUCACCCUUUCUGUCUCCUUUCUUUUUUUUUUUUUUUUUUUACCUCUCUUAAUUUUAUUUUAUUUUUUUUCUCUCUCUCUCUCUCCAAACACUCCUUUUCUGACACACCGUCUACCUAUCUGCACAAACUUUCCUUGUCUUUCCCUCUCAGUUUUGUCACUUUUCCCCCAAAACUUUCCUCCAAAGCUUUCGAUUCUCUCUCUCGACCCGCACCGAUCAUGCUUCAAAGCUUGGUCCCCCGAUCCCCUCGCACUUCAAACCCCAACGCUAUGAAAACUAAGCGCGCCGUUGACGCCGGAGGCGAUUCCCCCGCCGACGAACCUUCCUUCAAGCGGACCAACUUCUCCGGCGAGAAAACUACGGCCGAAGCUGAGGAGGAGCAAGCCUUCGAUCCCGAGCCUCACGGCGGCGAUUCCACCGGUCUCAAACUCCUCGGUCUGCUCCUCCAAUGCGCGGAGUGCGUCGCCAUGGACAACCUCGACUUCGCCAACGACCUCCUCCCGGAGAUCGCGGAACUCUCUUCGCCGUACGGGACCUCGCCGGAGCGCGUCGGUGCGUACUUCGCCCAGGCGCUGCAGGCGCGCGUGGUGAGCUCCUGCAUCGGCUCCUACUCUCCGCUGACCGCGAAAUCGGUAACCCUAACUCAGUCGCAGAAAAUCUUCAACGCGUUCCAAUCCUACAACUCGGUGUCGCCACUGGUGAAGUUCUCGCACUUCACCGCGAACCAGGCGAUCUUCCAGGCCUUAGACGGCGAGGAUCGAGUCCACAUCAUCGACCUCGACAUCAUGCAAGGCCUCCAAUGGCCAGGAUUGUUUCACAUCCUCGCCUCUCGCUCCAAAAAAAUCCGCUCCGUGAGAAUCACCGGAUUCGGAUCCUCCUCGGAGCUCCUCGACUCCACCGGCCGGAGACUCGCCGAUUUUGCGAGCUCGCUCGGUCUUCCCUUCGAGUUCUUCCCCGUGGAAGGCAAAAUCGGAAGCGUGACGGAACUGAGUCAACUCGGCGUUCGACCUAACGAGGCAAUCGUGGUGCACUGGAUGCACCACUGCUUAUACGACAUAACGGGGAGCGAUUUAGGGACGUUGAGAUUGCUGACUCAACUUCGGCCGAAACUGAUAACGACCGUUGAGCAGGAUCUAAGCCACGCAGGGAGCUUCCUGGCGCGGUUCGUGGAGGCCUUGCAUUAUUACAGCGCGUUGUUCGACGCGCUAGGGGAUGGUUUGGGUGCGGACAGCCUGGAGAGGCACACGGUGGAGCAGCAUCUGUUGGGCUGCGAGAUCAGGAACAUCGUGGCCGUGGGCGGGCCCAAGAGGACCGGCGAGGUUAAGUUGGAGAGGUGGGGGGAUGAGUUGAAACGGGCCGGGUUUGGGCCCGUUUCGCUCAGGGGCAACCCGGCUGCACAAGCGAGCUUGUUGCUGGGAAUGUUCCCUUGGAGAGGGUAUACACUGGUCGAAGAGAAUGGUUCCCUCAAGCUUGGUUGGAAGGAUUUGUCUCUGUUGAUCGCCUCCGCUUGGCAACCGUCAGAUUUGAUGAUUACUUAUCCUGAUUGAAACUUUUAUGAAUCAUUGCAACUAUCAACUAUGCUUUUGGAAUUUAUUUAUUAUUAAUUGUUUAAUUGAUUCAGACUCAAAUUGUUAGGGUUUUCUCCCAUUAGAUGGGAGAGGUUAUGCAAUAUGGUAUGAGAUGAUGGGGGGUUGUGUAUAGUAAUAAAUUAAUAAUACCGAUAAUGAUGUGGUUGUGGAUACCAAACACCAGUCCUCAUAGGUUCAAUAAAUAAUGAUAGUAGUAGUAGAAUUAAGAAGGGAAUGACGUUAGAUCCACGUCCACUGGUUCCACUAGGCUACACACAAAGCCCAAGAAUAUUUCUACUUCUACUUCUACUAGUCAAUUUCCUCAUCGCCUUCUUGUGGAGAGAGUGAGAGUUCACCUUACAAUUUUCUUGGUGGACCCAACUUUUUUUUUUUUAUGUCUUCUCAUGUUUAAUGAAUUGUUACUUAUUUUAGCAAAAAAAUGAUGAAGAGUAUUAGUAAUCAA